CGGAUCCAAACCCGCCAGCCGAGCAAUCAAACCACAACCUCGCUUCAAAAAAUACAAUAAAAAUGUGAAAUGUGAAUUUGUAAUGUAAGAAGAAAAGGAAAAGAUUCAUGAUUCAAUGAAGAAGGUGAUUCUAUCUUCCCUUUUCAGCAAACGUGUGUUGCAAAGGCUUCCUCUACUAGCCAAUAAGUUUACAAAAUACGCGACAAACAACCUGGUCAUUAAUCUUGACAAGAAUAAAAGUAGCAGCAUAUCCAAAUCUUGGGCCUCUGCCAUUCUUGCAGAAAAAUCUGUCCGAGUCGAGGAUAAUAAUCUAAGUAUCAAGAAGAACAAGAAUUCCACAGGUGUUAAGCAUCCAGCAAAUUACAGACGACGUUUGGAUAACAUGUCGUGGACAAAAGAACCAAUGGAUGAUAAAUUGAUUUGGGUGGAUUGCGAGAUGACAGGACUGGACUACAACAAGGAGAUGAUAAUGGAGAUUGGAUGUAUAAUUACGGACCGUUAUUUGAAUGAGAUUGCUCGACAGCCAUCCAUAGUUGUGCAUGUACCAGAUGAAAAACUAAAUUCGAUGGAUACUUGGUGCUUAAAGCACCACGGAGAUAGUGGCCUCACGGAUGCUUGUCGUCAGAGUACCUUGACGAAUGAGGUGGUAGAUGAGCAAUUGUUUCAUUUUUUACAGGAGCAUACAAAAACUAAAGAGUGUCCCAUGGCCGGAAAUUCGAUUUACAUGGACAGAAUAUUCAUUGCAAAACAAUUUCCAAAGUUCCAUUCUCAUUUCCAUUAUAGAAAUAUCGAUGUUAGCACCAUUAAAGAGUUGGUUCGAAGGUGGUUUCCUGAUGAAUAUAGCCAAACGCCCAAAAAGAAAUUCUCACACAGAGUUUUGGACGACAUACUGGACAGCAUUGCUGAGCUUAAAUAUUACCGUUCUGCCGUGUUUCGGGAUACAAUUGAUGUAGAAACGCCGAGUACCAAUGACAAGUUAGUCCAAUCAGAAUAAUUUAUUUAUUUCCGUUACUGGUAUAAAUAACAUUUGGAAUAUGUAAAGACUGCAAAAAGUAGAAAUAAAUGGAUUUAUAUUUAAUACAA